AUGUCACAAGGAGGAGCCAUAAGCUCGCUUGUAUACGCUUCUGGAGCAGUUGGUACAGCUGCAAGUAUGGGAUACGUAUUCGGCCGUCAAACGAUCUUUAAAAAACGCAGAAAUUCGAUUUAUACGUCAAUAAGUAAUUGCUCUAGUAAUAAUUUAUCGUCUUUGCCAACAACUCCAUAUACGGAAAUUAAUUCAUCACCAAAGAGUCCUUUGAAACGAUUCAAGUUAUUCCGUUCAAAGAAUAAACGUUCACAAGAAGCAGUACGUCCAGAUCAAUUAUCUGAUUUAGCAGAUGAUGAUGUUUCAUCCAUAUGUUCGGAUGUAUUUACAAUGAAAGAUCGCGAUCGAAGGACUUUAUCUGUGCCCAAUUUGCCUGCUACGCUUCAAUCACAAAGUUGGGAUAAUUCUCCAUCUUUAAGUGGUGUGUACAUUUCCCGGGGGGUAUCAGAAACACUGCUCGAAGAGGAUGAGGAGGAUGAAGACUGGGAUUCACAAAGUGAUUCCGGUUCCAAUGAACCUGUCAAUAAAUCCACGCAAACUUUAUCAUCAUUUUUGCCCAUUCCUAAUACACCAACGUCACCAACACGAAGACGACAUAAUCGAUGUAAUUCAUUACCUCCGACCAGUAUACAUGAUUAUUCGCCGAGUCUAUAUCAUCGACGACCGACACCGAGUGAAAGUUGGGAUGAUGAUUUUGAUUUAGAUGUGAACGAAUUGAACGUUCCAUCAAUAGUUGAGGAAAAUCAAAUCUCAUUGAGAAUGGAUAUUUCCAAUAUCAAGGAUUUCGCAACACAUAUAAAGGAAUUGAAAGAUCUUCGGGUUUGGAAGGAGAGUCUUUCUACUGAUAUUCUAUCAAAAAUGACCAGACGAUGGUCAAAUGGAUUCUUACGUACAUCAUCCAAGAAAGUCAAGGACCUUGAGAAUCAAUAUAAACGGGAUUGGGAAGAAGCAGCCGUAAUUAUUGAUAUUGCAGAUGUUGCGGAUAACAAAACGACCAUUGACGAACGUGUUGAAGUCGAUAUCGAGCAAAUUCCUUCAAUACGUCAUAUGAAAAUAUUUAAGAGAAUCAUUAUUGAAAGUUUAGGCGAAGACGCGAAAGAUCUUAUAUCCUUUGAUGAUGACAAAGAAAAUCAAUAUGAUUACAACAUUCCUAUGAAAAAAGAAGAGAGAAUUUUAGAAUGUCUGUGGAAGUUAUGCCGAGUUUGGUAG